AUGAACAACCAGACGAUCCUUUUCCUCAAGGCCGACGUUGCUGCCUGGGGCAACGACCUCACAGAACCACGACCCGGUCCAACCCUUAUGAACAUUCCAGAGCUCACUCCAGAUCCAACCGUCUUUCCAUACAUCACCUAUCAUUACACUGUCCUUCUACUCAACAGACCGUCGCUGUCAUUGGACUCAAGAUGUGCCGAGUUUCGUGCGGCACUACAAACAUGCAUCAGUGCCGCUAAGGCUAUUGUACCAACUGUCGAGCGGUAUCACCAGACCGGAGGACCGUUGUUUUGGCCCGGCUACAUGUCUGCCGUCUGGAUGAGCGGUCUCGUGCUGGCGCUUGCAGCUCGUGUGAAGUCAUACAGUCUUUCUAGAGCUCAGUCCGAUAUUCGUACCGUUCUCAAGCUACUGACGGUCAUGGAAAACCGAUGGCGUAUGGCUAAGGACUGCAAAGGAGUUUUAUCUGUGCUGCUGGACAACAUUGAGCACAGAUCCAAGGGGCAUAAGAGAACCCGCACCGAAGGGGAUGAGACACCGAGCCCAAUUCCGACUAAUAGUGAUGGAAGUCCACGGACAACAAAACGGCAAAUGACACAAGCCCCAUCUGCGGGACUUCGUGGACGUCUAGAUCGGGCUCAUGGGCGAUCUUCUCGAUCCUCACAUGCGAUGGCACAGAACAGAUCAAGGACACCAUUGCCCCAUUCCGCCCAGCGAAGCGUCAGGUUUCACGACAAUCGAAGCGACAACUUCUACUACAACAUGGAAACCCCGCAACAUAUUACCAGCUCACACCAACAGAUGACCACAUUUUCACCAGGUUUCAGCACGGGAGAGGCGACCCUCUUUGGAACUUCCCAGGACAUGAGCUUUCAGAACAACGCCUCUAACAUGAACACAUAUUUCUCACAAAUUCCCACGACAUUUCCGGAUCGACAGAGAACCGCUCAGGGACAAAUGGAUCAGUAUGGUAACACUGAUAACUUUUUCGACAUGUUCGACGGAGCAACAUGGGGAUCUCUUAUAGAUAUUGUAAAUGAUGCCGGGACUGGGAUGUAA